GGGGAGAGCUCAGAAGACAGUGUUUGUCAUACAAGAUCUAGAUCUCUUAAUACAAAGUUCUAGGAGAAAUGCUGCAGAGUCUAAGAAGACUUAACAAAGACAGAUGGAAAAGGACAAGAUCUGAAUACAAAGCACUCCACCAGCUGUAUUAUGACCCAAAUAUCGAGAACAAGAACCUGGCUCAGAAGUGGCUCAUGCAGGCCCAGGUCUCGCCCCAGGCCUGGCACUUCAGCUGGCUGCUCCUCAAUCUGGACAAGGUGCCGGAGAUCCAGUACUUCGGGGCUAGCGCCCUCCACAUCAAGAUCUCCCGCUACUGGAACGACAUCCCUGCCGACCAGUACGAGAGCCUCAAGUCGCAGCUCUUCAGCCAGAUCACCCGCUUUGCCAGCGGCUCCAAGAUCGUGCUCACCCGCCUCUGCGUGGCGCUGGCCUCGCUGGCGCUCAGCAUGAUGCCGGAGGCCUGGUACGUGAACACCCUCCUGAAGCUCAUCGGCCCCGUGCUGGGCCUCCAGGAGCAGCUGCGCCAGGCUGUCCAGGCUGGGGACAUGGAGACCUCGCACGGGAUCUGCCGCAUCGCCGUGGCCCUGGGUGAGAACCAUUCCCGGUGA